AUGUACUCCGUACUCGAAAGUACCCGCCCAACCGCCAAUAUUCCCUCAACAACGUCUUCGCCACGUACUUCCUCCAAUAUACCCUUACGACCCAUCCCACCUCCGUCCCCAAAUACAUCCACGCGGGCGUUAGAAUCUGCGAGCGAGAAGGGCAGCCGUCGCUCUUCCAUUUCCUCGGCUCACUCUGUCGGAUCGGACUUCUCUCUCUGGACUGAAACUGGAGACUUAGCAGAACAACUCGCUGAUGCAGAAGAUCCCCUCCAGGUCCGUCUCAGAAACUCUUUGGAUCGAGAGGGUCUUGGUCGAGCGGGGUCGAGGGCACGAGUAAAGCAGCCGAAGCGUGUGCGUUACCAGCCCCAGCUUGCUACCGGCGACGUUGAGCUUGAGAAAAUCAAAAUACCACAUUGCCCACCUAGGAAGAUCUCACGAGUGGAGCGUUUCCUCGCCGUCGUCAUGUCGCCCGGCAACAGACAAGGAGCCAAAACACAUGGCUUGGUUGGAAAGCCAUUGCUAUAUUUCACGAGCGUUUUCGUAUCGCUAGGCGUUUUUCUUUUCGGCUAUGACCAAGGUGUCAUGUCGGGUAUCAUCACAGGAUGGUACUUCAAAGAAUACUUUAACCAACCAUCACGGGCUGAAAUCGGUACUGUUGUUGCAAUUCUUGAAGUCGGAGCGUUCAUUUCGUCCUUACUUGUUGGAAGAAUUGGUGACCUCAUUGGCCGCCGGAGGACUAUUCUUUAUGGAUCUAUUGUUUUUUUCAUAGGAGGUGGAUUCCAGGCAUUUGCGACAGGGUUGCCUAUGAUGAUGGUGGGCCGCAUCAUAGCUGGUCUGGGCGUCGGAGCACUGUCGACAAUUGUUCCCGUCUAUCAAUCUGAAAUUUCGCCUCCUCACAAUCGAGGAAAACUCGCCUGCAUUGAGUUUACCGGAAAUAUCUCUGGUUAUGCUGCCAGUGUCUGGGUCGAUUAUUUCUGUAGCUAUAUUGAUAGUGACUACUCUUGGCGAUUGCCUUUACUGCUGCAGUGCGUCAUGGGCCUUCUUCUCGGUAUGGGAAGUCUUAUCAUCUGCGAAUCACCAAGGUGGCUAUUAGAUAAUGAUUACGAUGAAGAAGGUAUGGUAGUCAUUGCCAACCUUUAUGGCAAGGGAGACCUGCACAACGAUAAAGCUAGGCAGGAGUACAGGGAGAUUAAGAUGAACGUCCUUUUACAACGACAGGAGGGCGAACGGUCUUAUAGCGACAUGUUUAAAAGAUACCGCAAACGUGUUUUAAUCGCCAUGUCUGCGCAAGCAUUAGCACAGCUGAACGGCAUCAAUGUUAUCUCAUACUACGCCCCCCUUGUGUUUGAAUCGGCCGGCUGGGCUGGUCGGGAUGCUAUCCUCAUGACUGGAAUAAACGGCUUGUCAUAUCUCGCUUCUACUGUUCCUCCAUGGUAUCUCGUGGACCGUUGGGGAAGACGCCCAAUUCUGCUUUCUGGAGCCGUGGCCAUGAUUCUUUCACUUUCAGGUAUAUCCUAUUUCAUUUAUAUCGACAUCAAGGCUACCCCGACCCUUACGGUCAUUUUCGUUAUGAUCUACAAUGCUGCCUUCGGUGCAUCGUGGGGCCCAAUCCCCUGGCUUUAUCCUCCUGAAAUUCUUCCCCUGAGCAUUCGUGCAAAGGGCGCAAGUCUGAGCACGGCUACGAAUUGGGCUUUCAAUUGGCUGGUUGGCGAGCUUACGCCUAUUCUUCAGGCGGUGAUAAAAUGGCGCCUCUAUCUGGUUCAUGCUUUCUUCUGUGCAUGUAGUUUUGUUCUUGUUUACUUCCUCUACCCUGAGACAAGUGGUGUUCGGUUGGAGGAUAUGAACUUGCUUUUUGGAGACGCAACUACCACAAUGCCAACCCCGGCUACCCAAGCAGAGCAGAGUUCUUUAAUGGGCGCUGGCUCACCCAUACCUUCGCUUGAUAUCCGCCGGCAAUAUGACCAACAUGGUGUGGACAGUGCCAUUCCUGGUUUAGACAUCAAUCCUCCUAGUAUGGACACUGGAGAUAAUGGGAAACGCCCCUCUCAACACGAUACUGGAAAUCGUUCUGAGGGCUUUGGCUCCUGGAUAUCCAACAUGGUAAAUCGACGCAGGGGAUCACCUUCGCGCUCACAAGGCUCCCAAUAUAGGCGGCUUGGGCAGGAUGAUGAGAAUCAGUCUUGA